CUGGCUUGAAUGUAAACAAAUAGGGAUAAAAUUUUAGCAAUUUUCUUGUCUAUCCGUGUUGGAGUUUUAAAAUUAAAUUGGAUUUUGUUUAUUGUUUCGAUUACUUUGGUUAUAAAAUAAAUCAAUAGAAAUUCUGUGAUGCCUCCAAAGCGGUAUUUUGAGGAUGAAAGGAGCGCCAAACCAGGGUCCAUAAGUGAAGAAUUAAGAGCUGCAAUUGAUCUUCAUCCUGAUAAAUUACCUAUCUGGAUUUAUAAAAUGAGAGUUCUUGGUUAUCCUCCUGGCUGGCUUCAUCAGGCUGACAUCAGCAAUUCAUCAUUACAAUUAUUUGAUGAUAGCAGUCAAGCUCGGUCAAGUACUUCAAAAGUGGAAGAAGCAGCAGCAUUUAACCCAGAAUGCUUUGUCGAAUUUCCUGGUUUCAAUGCUCCCCUACCUGAAGGAGUAGAAGAUCAUUGUGAAUUUUUAGGAAUGCCUCCUAUGCAAGUUUGGCAACAGCUGAAUUAUGUCAAGCAAACUAUCCCACCACCUAAGCCUGUCCCAUACAAGCGAAUUAAAUUAUCAUUAAGAAAUGAUUCAGAAGAAAAGACGCCUAAGAAGAAUACUUCUCAGAUAGAAGAUGAAGACGAAGAUGAUGAAAUUCAAAUUAUUGAGCCCUCCAAUGAUAAAGAGAAUACACACUCGGAUAAAGAAGAGGAAGAAGAACGAGAAGAAGGAGAAGCUAGUGAUAGUGAUGAUGACGUCAUCGCCAUUAGUGUUGUUUCAGGCUCUUCAAAAAAGAAGCAAAAAUCUAAAUCAAAAUUAACAACCACCAUAGAAAAGAUUUCUGAUGGAUCCCAAAGUACAAAUUUAAGCCAGUCCUCAAUCGACGAAUCUUUUAAUAAUACAAAUAUUAAUGUACCGUCAUCGAGACAAUCCAGAGCAAUAGAAAAGGAUAGUGCAAAAGAUAAUGGAUUAGAUAGUGAACAGGAAAGUUUUGCUGAAAGUGAACAGCAAUCUUUUAAAGAAAAGUCAUCUAACACUUCACUGUGUAAAUCACCCUCAGUCAAGUUAAUCGGACUUGGAAGUCCACUCCCUGCCAAUAUAGACAGUAAAAAGCCGCCAUUAGAAAAAUUCGCUGUCGGAAUGGGUGAAUUAAUUUAUUUUGAAAACCUACCAACAUCAACAGGAGUUUUUGAUAAGAUGAGAAACGUCAUCUGCAAAGUGCGCAAAAAGCUCUCUGAAUGAAUUAAAAGUGGGCCAACAAUAAUUUUAUAUCAUUUCCUCAACUUUUUACAAAAUUGUAUUAUAAUUCAUCUCAUUGGCAAAAUUUCUCUAUCUUUUUUAAAGUAUCAUCAUCUACUUUUUGUAAAAAAAUCUGCAUUUAUGUACGGCAUAGUUUAUGUCUGCUAAAAAGAUUCAAAAGUCAAAUUAA